CUUCCAACUUAGCAACAUUUGGAGGUUGCCCUGCUACUUCUGCUAAUCAUACCCACGAAAAAAGGUAAAAACAAAAAACAAAAGAAACACACACAAUAUGGAUUAUCUUCUGCAGUCCUUGCAACCCUUACAAUCCAUGACACCACUCUUGCUCAUAAUCCCACUCCUAUUUCUCCUCCCUCUAAUUUUCCGUUUCCGGCGACCACCACCAUACCCGCCCGGCCCCAAAGGCCUACCCCUUAUUGGCAACAUGUUAUUGAUGGACCAACUAACUCACCGGGGCCUCGCCAAGCUGGCCAAGAAAUACGGCGGCAUAUUCCACCUCCGCAUGGGGUUUUUACACAUGGUUGCGAUUUCCAACCCUGACGUGGCACGACAAGUCCUUCAAGUCCAAGACAACAUCUUCUCCAACCGCCCGGCCACCAUCGCCAUCAGCUACCUCACCUACGACCGCGCUGACAUGGCCUUCGCGCACUACGGGCCCUUCUGGCGCCAGAUGCGUAAGCUCUGCGUCAUGAAGCUCUUUAGUCGCAAACGCGCCGAGUCCUGGGAGUCUGUCAGGGAUGAAGUGGACUCAUCGGUUAGGACCGUCACAGUUCAUGUUGGUUCGGCUGUAAACAUCGGAGAGUUGGUUUUUUCGCUCACGAAAAAUAUUAUUUAUCGGGCGGCGUUCGGGACGAGCUCUCAGGAAGGGCAGGAUGAGUUUAUUGGGAUACUGCAGGAAUUUUCCAAAUUGUUUGGAGCUUUUAAUAUUGCUGAUUUUAUUCCUAGCCUGGGGUGGGUUGAUCCUCAGGGGCUAAACAAUAGACUCGCUAAGGCUCGUGAGUCCUUGGAUCGGUUCAUUGACACCAUCAUAGAUGAUCACAUGGAGAAGAAAAGGAAUGGUAAGGGAGUGAGUGACGGUGAAACGGACAUGGUGGAUGAGUUGUUGGCUUUUUACAGUGAAGAAGCUAAAGUAUAUGAAUCUGAAGAUAAUUUGCAAAACGCCAUCAAACUUACUAGGGAUAACAUCAAGGCCAUCAUCAUGGACGUAAUGUUUGGCGGGACGGAGACUGUGGCGUCGGCAAUAGAGUGGGCCAUGUCGGAGCUGAUGAAGAGCCCGGAGGACCUAAAGAGGGUCCAACAAGAACUUGCUGACGUGGUGGGUCUAGACCGUCGACCUGAAGAGACCGACUUCGAGAAGUUGACAUACCUAAAAUGUGCCCUAAAAGAGACACUACGACUCCACCCACCAAUUCCACUACUCCUCCACGAGACCUCGGAGGACGCUGUAGUAGCCGGCUACCGCAUUCCCAAAAGAUCGCGUGUGAUGAUCAACGCGUGGGCCAUUGGACGUGACAAGGACUCGUGGGAGGACGCCGAGUCCUUCAAGCCCUCGAGGUUUUUGAAAGAAGGUGUGCCUGACUUUAAGGGGAGUAACUUCGAGUUCAUUCCGUUCGGGUCCGGUCGGAGGUCGUGCCCGGGCAUGCAACUAGGGUUGUACGCGCUGGAGAUGGCGGUGGCACACUUGCUUCAUUGUUUUACGUGGGAGUUGCCUGAUGGUAUGAAACCUAGUGAGCUCGACAUGAACGACGUGUUUGGACUCACCGCUCCGAGAGCGAGUCGACUCAUCGCCGUACCGAGUAAAAGGGUGGUUUGUCCACUCUGAUGGUGAUGAAAAAACAGAGAGAGAAACAGUGGUGGAAUUUGUUUGGAGUGUAAUGAUACUGUGAAAACUGCACAGGUAAAUUGCAAGCGUUUUCUUAUUGUUCUUUUGAAAAACAAAAUAAUUACAAAGAGAACAUGAACAGUUGUGAGGGAAUUUUUAAUUCACUCUCUUUGUGUAUAUAGACACUCUCUUUUGUUUUGUUUAAUAUGUAUGCAAAUUUAUCGUUAAUUUCCUGUUUUUUUCCUUUUUGUUUUGUUAUUAUUGUAUUGAAAUAAAAAUAUAAUGGCUGAGUUACAAAAAUUA